GCCCACCCAUCGCCGUCCAACGCAGCCCCGCCCUCUUUCGACGACCACAUCCCACGAAAUACAACCUUGGACGCCCCAUCGCUUUUCGAUACCCGCAUAACCAACCGCAAACAAAAGGCAAAAUGGAUACACUUGUGGCGCGGUACAGCCGGCCGGCAUACCAUCAGAAUGAGGUCUUCUCGGAGCAGGAGCAGCAAGACCUCAACGACACGGUGCCCAGUCUCAAGUUCGCCAUGCCUCCGGUCGCACAUCCCUCGGCCUGGUUGCGGGCCGCGACAGACGACCGCUCGAACCCCUCAUGCCCGAUCAAGAUCGCCCACGGCACAACGACGCUCGCCUUCCGCUUCCAGGGGGGCAUCAUCGUGGCGACCGACUCGCGCGCCACGGCCGGCAACUGGAUCGCCUCGCAGACGGUGAAGAAGGUCAUCGAGAUCAACUCGGACCUGCUCGGCACCAUGGCGGGCGGCGCCGCCGACUGCCAGUACUGGCUCGCCUGGCUCGGCAUGCAGUGCCGGCUGCACGAGCUGCGCCACAAGCGCCGCAUCAGCGUCGCGGCCGCGAGCAAGAUCCUGGCGAACCUGGUGUACCAGUACAAGGGCAUGGGCCUGUCCAUGGGGACCAUGUGCGCGGGCGUCACCAAGGAGGAGGGCGCGGCGCUCUACUACAUCGACUCGGACGGCACCCGCCUGGCCGGCGACCUGUUCUGCGUCGGGUCCGGCCAGACGUUCGCGUACGGCGUGCUGGACUCCGAGUACCGGUGGGACCUGACGACGGAGGAGGCCCUCGAGCUGGGCAGCCGCAGCAUCCUGGCCGCCACCCACCGUGACGCCUACUCCGGUGGGUUCAUCAACCUGUAUCACGUCAAGGAGUCGGGCUGGGAGAAGCACGGCUUCACCGACACCAACCCGGUGUUCUGGAAGACCAAGCUGGACAAGGGCGAGUUUAGCAACGUCACGAGCAACUUUACCGAAUAAAUCGGCGGCAUCAAAGAGGGGUUGGAGGUCCGGUGAGCGAGGAGCCGCCCUUUGUGGCAUCGGACUUGGUAUUUUACGAACAUCAUGGCGUCAAUAAAUGGGACUGGGGACUGGAUUGAUGAGACGGGCACGGCUUGUAAAUGUAGAACAAGAGCAAUGAGCACGUCUUCCAAGGUACAUACAAGCUCCAGUAGUCAAGUGCGAUCGAUGUGUGCCGAACCGGUCGAGUAUCCGACCUGACCCCUCGUUAUUAAAUAUCAUGUCAACAUGAUCGUACAAGACUGGUACAGAGGUAGGUAUCUUAAUAUACAAGGGCAAGUGCCCAAUCCCCCGGAUCCUCCGCUUUUGGGUA